UCGUCUCUUCGGCCGGAGUCCUCCUCCUCCAGACUUCCGGAGACCUCACGCGAUGCGCCCCGCGGCCUCGAAGGCGGCCGGGAAGGAGAAGAGCAGGAGGAAGGGCGGCGGCGCCGGCGCCGGAGAGUAUCUCCUCACCGACCGCGUCCUCUCCCUCCGCGCCCGCCUGCACGACGCCCUCUCCCUCGGCCUCGCCAGGUCUGAUGGCCACGGUGCGAAAAAAUGGCAGUCUACUGAUGCUGGAAUUCAGUCUCACGCGAUCAAAGCAGUGACUGCUUUUCUCGGUUGUUUGUCAACUGAAAUGUUGCGGCUUCCUCCUAUAAAGGAGUCGAUUUCGGACAUUCUCGUACUCCUGGAAGGUGUUCUUCAGACAAAGAACGUUUCAGUUCUAAUCCAAGCAGCAGAUGUGAGCUCAAAGUUAGUUUCCAGCAUAGGCAAUUCGAUUCGGCAAUACCCAAUUUUGGAGAUUGUUUCGCCCCUCUCAUGCCAGUUGUCGGCACACCAGUUACCUACAGCUAUCUCGUGUGCAAGGGCAAUGAAUUGCAUAUUGAAUAGCCUAGUGACGGCGAGAGGUUCAGCUCAUGCAGAAAUUUUGGAAACCUUGGAGAGAACCAAUGCAGUUGCAAGUAUUGUUUCUGCUCUGCAGAGUUACACUCCUGAUAUCCAUCCACUGAGUUAUCUGACCGAGAUGAUAUCACUGCUAAGAACCAUACUGUGGAUUUGGCCUUCCUCAAGAUACCAUGUAUGGAGUAAUGGCAACCUGAUGGGGAAGUUAGCGCAUUACUGUCUUGCCACUGAAACAAUGGUUGUUGCUAAAGUUCUUAGGCUGUAUGCUGCUUUAGCUUUAUGUGGCCAUGGAGCUAUGAUCCUUCUCAAGAAUGAAGUCUUAAUGGCUAAGAUUUGUGAGCUCGUGGGAACGUCCCAUCCGAGUAGUACUAGGAUUGAAGCGUUCAAACUCUGCCAUGUUCUUUUGAGAUCUUCGAAGGGCUGUAGUCAGUUAAUGACUUCACGUUGCCAGCCUAUUGUUGAAGGCAUAAUCGAUGCAAUGCGUGCAAAGGAUGAUAAAUUGUUAGUAACAGAGGGGUGUCGUACUGCACUGCUUGUGCUCCGUUAUGCUGGGAAUCAUCAUCAAUGCUUUUGGUCUAAUGCCAUUGAUAAAGUAUUAUAUAGCAUUCUUACCGGUCGCUCCCUCUCCUCACAUCAAAGUGCUAAAGUUUUGUGCGAUGAUGAGCUAUUUGAUAUGGUUUCCAAAAACUUCAUGGAUAUACAUCCAUACGUCUGGGAUAUACUUGGAUAUCUAGUGGUGCAUUGCACUGAGGAUCACCAUCCUGUAAGGAAAGGGAAAGGUCAUAGCUUGCACGCACUGAUAUCUUGUGCUUGCUUGCUGGCCACAGAUGUUAUGCACAAAAGCAGCCCCAUGACAUUAUCCAAAGAUGUGCAGGAGCCGGCUUUGAGGGCAGUUCUGAUGAUGCUUCUCUCUCCCAAUGGAUAUAUUCAGUAUGAGGCAAGUUUUAAACUUUCAGAAGGUCUUCCAUAUUUGGGUGACGGCUAUUUGAACGUUCUAUUGUCAUCAUUAGAAUCAAAUACUACGAGAAGUGUUGCCACAUCUUUUGACAGUUUCAAAAUUAUGACCAACCUCAUGAACCUCGCAUGUUUGGUGCUGUCACGACCUUACCAUAAUCUCCUUAAUAAGAGGAAUCCUAUUGAUGUGUUGUCCAUCAUUAUCAAGGAAUGUCUCCACAAUAAUAUACAUAUUACGAGGUCAAAAGUCACUUCCCAUCUGCACUUUUGUUUUGAAGGAAGUUCAUGCUGUUGCUAUCUCGGUGAAGAGUGGGAGGGUGAAAACAUAGUCUUAUUCUACGGUCUUGUUGGGCUGUUUAAUCUUCUGAGGAGCACUACUUUAGUUUGUGUUCAGUGUAAGAGGAAGUUGGAUGUUGGGAUUCUGUGCCAUGACUGCAGAGAUCAGUAUACCGAAGAUUUUCUUAUAGUUCUUCAACGUGCUCUAAGUCAAAGCUUGAGUUCUGGACCGAAGCUCUAUAUUGCACACAUCCUGAGUUUGUUUGGCCUCUGCGGUUCUCCAAGCAAGUUGGGCGGGAAGAUGAGUAGUGCAUUAGAUAAUAACGAUCUAGCUGAUCUGGAACUUUUGCUUUCAGAUGGUGAAUCUAUAAAUGCUCACACAGCCAUCAUAUCAGCAAGGUGUCCUAAGCUGUUGCCAUCUGUAAAAUAUCUACUUGGCAGUGACGAAAAAGUUAAAGAUGAAUGGGGAAAAUCAGUGUACCGAGUUCAAAUGUCUGAUCGUGUAGAUAGCCACGCCUUGAAGAAGAUUUUGGAGUACACAUAUACUGGUUUUGUGAUGGUAGGUGAUGACAUUGUUAAACCAGUAAGGACACUUGCGAAGUAUUGUAACCUGAAAUCAUUGGCAGAAAUGCUUCAGAAAGAGCAACCCAGAUGGAACUCCGAUUAUACCAGAUAUGAUCUUACUGUUGCACUUGGACCUGUUGAGCAUUCAUUCUCGGACAUAAUUUUGGAGGCUCAAUCAAAUGAGGAAAUGAAGUGUGACCACGGGUCGUGCCAAUUGCCAACUCCGCACGUUCAUAGCCAUAAAAUCGUGCUGACCAUGAGCUGCGAUUACCUCCGGGCAUUAUUUCGAUCCGGGAUGCAUGAGAGCUUCUCGGACGUCAUCAGGGUUCCGCUCGGGUGGCAAGCGCUGGACAAGCUAGUCCACUGGUUCUACUCAGGCGAGCUGCCCAAAGCCGCCCUCGACUGCCGGUGGAACAACCUGAGCAGCGACGAGCAGCGCUCCCACCUGAACGCCUACGCGGAGCUGUCGUCGCUGGCCGAGUUCUGGUUCCUGGAGGGGGUGAAGGAGGAGAGCCUUGCGGCGGUCUCGUCCCUCCUGGAAUCGAGCAGGAGCGCCGCCGCGGUCGAGUUCGUCGCCUUCGCGGCCAACCUGGGCCAGUGGGAGAUGGUCGAGGCCGGCGUCCGCAGCGUGGCGCACCUGUACCCCCGGCUGCGGGACUCGGGCCGGCUGGAGCAGCUCGACGACGAGCUGCUCAACAUGCUGCGGACCGAGUACGUCCGGUACUCGCAGCACGGAGGCGGGCAGAGGUGACUUGAGUACGUGAAUCUGGACGCACGUCGCCGUGCGCUUUGUAGAUAGAUACAGGGACGGACGCUGCCUGCCAUGCUUUCUUCAUAGAGAAUAUGCAGUGUAUUAUUGUCUGGGUUAGCAGAGCUGUUUUUUUUUUUGGCGGGAUGGGUUAGCAGAGCAGAGCUGUUACUCGUGCCUGCUUGGUGCACAUGGUGCCGACCCGACCGACCUGCUGAGUGCUGACAGACGCACGCAGCACCGAUCCAUCGCCACACACAUCACAACAGACGCUUUUUUUUC